UCUUGUAAAUCUUUUGGCUGCAGGUUGUUGACAUGGCGGCUGCCAACUAUGUGCUGACUGAGGAGGAGCUUCUGUGCUGCAUCUGCCUGGACGUGUUCAAGGAUCCAGUCACAUUACCAUGUGGACACAACUUCUGCAAAACCUGCAUCGCACAGCACUUGAAUUUUAGCUCCCAGCGCCAGUGUCCCAUGUGUAAAGAGAGCGUUAAUAAAAAAUAUAAGCUAGUGGUUAAUACUUUCAUAUCGGAGAUGGCUAUUAAGUUCAGAGAGUCAACUGGAAGGAAAGCCAGGGACGCCUCGGAGCAACAAGCUGCCCAACCCAGAGACGCUUCCAGUGAUGCUCCUACUGGAAAUGGACAGAUAACCCUGAAGUUCUGCUUGUUGGUGUUAUGUGUGGCAUGUCUGAUCUACUACUCUACUAACCUGCAGCAGCAUCAAACAGUUCCCAGCCUAAAAACUGAGAAUGUGGUGGACAAUAUAUUUCACAACAUUGUUCCUCUGAAAGACGAAUAUAAAUUAAAGAAGGCGGAGCUCUCCAGAACAGAGGCUGAAAUUCAGCAGAAGAUCCUGGAGAGACAGGUGAAAAAUCAGGAGAUCAAACACUGGGUAUGGGUUAGAAAGGAAGCUUCGGACAGAGAGACGGCAGCCGGGGUUCAGGUCUUCGCCUCUUUGAUUCAGUCUUUGGAAAGUGCUAAAGACGAGCUCGUCGGGAUGAUCGAUGCAGAGCAGAAAACGACUGAGACGCAGGCCAAAGGUUUCACCCAAGACCUGGAGCAGGAAAUCAACCAGCUCGUGAGGAGACGCAUCGAGGUGGUGCGGCUCUUACGCUCAAAAGACCGAUUCCGCUUCUUCCAGAGCUUCUCAUCCGUGAACACUGUUCCAUUCACCAAAGACUUGCCAAACCUUAGCACCUGUCACGCCUUUGGUGAAGGGCUCCUGAGGACGGCCCUGGUGACCGCAGUGAGUCAGGUCACAGAGACGUUCAGAAAUGAGAUGGAGAAGCUGCAGGAAGGCGAGCUGAAAAGCGUCCAGCAGAGUGCAACGGAUGUGACUCUGGAUCCUGAUACAGCACAUCCUAAACUCGUCCUGUCUGAUGACGGGAAACAAGUACACUAUAGUGAUGUGUGGAAUGAAGUCCCAGAUAACCCAAAACGAUUUGAUUCUGUCCUUUUUGUCUUGGGAAAGCAGAGUUUCUGUUGUGGCAGAUUCUACUAUGAUGUUGAAGUAAAAGGAAAGACAUUUUGGGUUUUAGGAGUGAUCCAAGAGUCAGUGAACAGGAAGGGAGAGAUUCAACUAAAUCCAGAAAAUGGCCUCUGGGCUCUAUUUCAUAGGCAUGGAGAUCAGUACUUUGCUUUAACCAACCCAUCUGUCCUUCUCCCUGUGAAUGAACAGUGUGAGAAGGUGAGAGUGUUUGUGGACUAUGACAGGGGUGUGGUCUCCUUUUAUAACGUACAUUCUGCAACUCUUCUUUACUCCUUUACUGGCUGCUCCUUCACUGAAAAACUCUACCCAGUCUUUGGUCCUGGUCAAUAUGGAUCUGUCCCUCUGAUUAUCCCUCCUGUCAAUCAAUAA